AUGGAGAUGCAAAAGAGAACCCCGAGAGGUCAGAGAUUGGUCCUAGUUCCAACACCAUACCAAGGCCACAUAAACCCAAUGCUUCAGUUGGGUACGUUUCUUCACUCAAAGGGAUUUUCCAUUACCAUUGUUCACACCCAUUUCAACUCUCCAAGCCCCUCCAACCACCCUGAGUUCACAUUCAUUCCGAUUCAAGACGGCCUAACUGUUCCUCUAGUCUCAUCCGGGAAUAUAAUAGCUAUUCUGUUGGCUCUCAAUGCCAAUUGCAAAGCGAGUUUCGAACAAUGUUUGACUACUCAAGUAAUGAAACAAGAACCGGAGAAGAUCACCUGCAUCAUCUACGAUGAAUUCAUGUACUUCUCUGAAGCUGCUGCUAAUUAUCUGAAUAUUCCAAGCAUCAUCCUCCGUACUACCAGUGCAGCCAACUUUCAUGCUCGAUCUACUCUCGUAGAACUUCAUUCAAAAGGCCACAUUCCCUUCCCAGAUCUUCGGCCAUCAUUUGUAAUACCAUAG